AUGGAAAUGUUGAAGCUUGUUCUUGUUCUUGUACUGAUUCUAUUAUCAGGCAUAUAUACGACGUCAGGCAGGGAUAUUUUAGAUGCAAAUACGACUAUGAAUAUUCUAUUGGAGGUGCGAAAAUCUUUUCUUCAAGACCCACUAAAUGUGCUGCAAGAUUGGUCUGAAAACAAUCGAAAAUUCUGUACAUGGAGAGGUGUGUUGUGUUCAAAGAGUCGAGUGGUGAGUCUAAAUCUAUCAGAUUCUUCACUCAGUGGGUCGAUAUCACCUUCACUCGGGCGCUUGCAUAACCUGCUCCACCUUGAUCUUUCUUAUAACAGACUUUCAGGCCCCAUUCCACCUACUAUUUCGAACCUUUCUUCUUUGGAAUCUUUGCUUCUUUUCUCAAACGAACUUUUUGGUCCCGUUCCAACUCAACUGGGCUCCCUUAAAAAUCUUCAAGUUCUUAGAAUUGGCGACAAUGGUCUUACAGGGCCAAUUCCAGCUUCUAUUGGUAAUCUCGAAAAGUUGGUCAUUCUUGGAUUGGCCUCGUGCAAUCUCAGUGGUCGAAUACCUCCAGAACUGGGUAGGCUCGGCCGAAUUCGGAAUUUAGUCUUGCAGCAAAAUCAGCUGGAAGGUCCAAUUCCGCCUGAGAUUGGUAACUGCACUAGCCUUGUCGUGUUCACAGCUGCAGUUAACAAUCUCAGUGGAUCAAUCCCUUCAGAGUUGUGUGGUCUUCAAAAUCUUCAAUUACUGAACCUGGCUAAUAAUACACUCUCUGGAAAGAUUCCAACGCAGCUUGGCGAACUCAAUAAGCUGGAAUAUUUCAAUCUGCUUGGUAAUCAGCUUGAAGGUUUGAUCCCAAAGACUUUAACGAACUUGAUUAGUCUUCAUAAUCUAGACUUGUCUGCGAACAAGCUCACGGGCCCAAUUCCAGGAGAAUUUGGUAGCAUGAGUCAGCUGGUUUACCUAGUACUAUCAAGCAACAAUCUCACUGGUGAAAUUCCAAAAAGCAUAUGUUCCAAUGCCACCAGUUUGCAACACUUGAUGCUGGCCCAAAAUCAGCUUUCAGGUAGAAUUCCAGUGGAUCUAAGGGACUGCAGGUCACUGAUGCAACUUGAUUUGUCCAAUAAUACGCUAAAUGGGUCGAUACCUUCAGAGCUUUACGAGUUGGUUCAAUUGACUGAUCUCAUGCUUAACAAUAACACUUUGGUUGGUACACUAUCUCCACUCAUAGCGAACCUAACCAAUCUGCAGACACUGGCACUGUACCAAAACAACUUACAUGGCAAUCUACCUAAAGAGAUUGGAAUGCUAGGGAAUCUUCAGAUAAUAUAUCUCUAUGACAAUCAGCUGUCUGGAGAGAUCCCAGUAGAGAUUGGUAACUGCUCCAGUUUGCAAAUGAUUGAUUUCUUUGGUAAUCAAUUUACAGGGCAGAUUCCCAUUACUAUUGGAAAGCUGAAGCAGCUGAAUUUCAUUCACCUUAGACAGAAUAAUCUUUCGGGUGAGGUUCCCGCUGGUUUGGGCAACUGCCACCAACUAACCAUUCUUGAUUUGGCGGACAAUCGAUUGUCAGGCAGCAUUCCAGCGAGUUUUGGGUAUCUUCGAGCUCUGGAGCAGCUAAUGCUAUACAAUAACUCUCUUGAAGGUAAUCUACCUGAUGAGCUUAUCAAUGUUGCAAAUCUGACGAGGGUCAAUCUUUCGCAUAACAGACUCAAUGGUAGUAUUGCUCCAAUCUGCAGUUCACGUUCUUUUCUGUCUUUUGAUGUCACAAACAAUGCAUUUGAUCAAGAAAUUCCUCAUCAGAUUGGAAAUUCACCUUCGCUGGAAAGAUUAAGGCUAGGGAGUAACCAAUUCACGGGCAAAAUCCCUUGGGCACUAGGUUUAAUCCAAGAACUAUCUCUAUUAGAUCUUUCAGGCAAUUCUCUUACUGGACAGUUGCCAACCCAGCUUUCCCUGUGCAAGAAAUUGACCCAUCUUGAUCUCGAUAACAACCUUCUUUCUGGGCCUAUUCCAUCUUGGAUUGGGACUCUUCCUCUAUUGGGGGAGCUGAAGCUCGACUCCAAUCGAUUUUCUGCUUCUCUUCCUCCCGAAUUAUUCGAUUGCUCGAAGCUUCUGGUCCUGUCUCUCAGUGGGAAUUCACUUAAUGGUUCCCUCCCUCCUGAAAUUGGUAAAGUCGAAUCUCUCAAUGUUCUCAAUCUUGACAGCAACCGACUUUCUGGUCCUAUUCCUCCCACUAUUGGUCAAUUAAAUAAGCUCUAUGAACUCCGGUUUUCACGAAACAGCUUUAGUGGUCAAAUACCAGACGAGAUAGGACAGCUCCAGAAUCUGCAAAGCAUCCUAGAUUUCAGUUACAAUAACCUCUCUGGAAAGAUCCCAGAUUCCAUUGGAACACUGUCCAAACUUGAAAUGCUCGAUCUAUCACACAACCAACUCACUGGAGGACUCCCUCAAGUGGGUGAGAUGAGAAGCUUAGGAAGAGCAAACUUCUCCUACAACAACCUUCAUGGAAAAUUGGACAAGCUAUAUGCACACUGGCCGUCUGAUGCUUUUGCUGGGAACUUGAAUCUUUGUGGAAGUCCUCUUCAAAUAUGCAAGGACCUGGAGUCUUCCCAUCAGGAAUCGUAUCCAAGUGAUUCAUCAGUGGUGCUAAUAUCUGCAAUAUCAACUACAUUUGCAAUUGUUCUUCUAUUACUUGGAGCUGCCCUCUUUUUCAAACACAAACGAGCAGCGCUUAGAAGAGCCAGUGAAGUGGAUUCUGGUUACUCUUCCCAUUCUUCCCAGGCACAAAGGCGCCAUUUGUUCGACAAUGCUGCUGCUAAGCGUGAUUUUAGAUGGGUGGACAUCAUGGAUGCCACUAACAAUCUAAGCGAUGAAUUCAUAAUUGGAUCUGGAGGAUCAGGAACUAUCUAUAAAGCUGAGUUAUUCAAUGGAGAAACAGUGGCAAUCAAGAGAAUUCCAAGGAAGGAUGAUCUGUUGUUGGACAGAAGCUUUGCAAGGGAAAUUAGAACUCUUGGGAGGAUAAGGCACAGGCAUCUAGUGAGAUUGUUGGGGUAUUGUAGCAAUCGAGGAGCAGGCUCCAACUUGUUGAUCUAUGAGUACAUGGAGAAUGGAAGUUUGUGGGAUUGGUUGCAUAAACAAACAAUGAGUGAUAAGAAGAAGAAGAAGAGCCUAGACUGGGAAGCAAGAUUGAAGAUAGCAGUGGGACUAGCACAUGGGCUGGAGUAUCUUCACCAUGAUUGUGUGCCAAAGAUCAUUCACAGAGAUGUUAAAUCUAGCAAUCUGUUGUUAGACGCAAACAUGGAGGCACAUUUGGGAGAUUUUGGGCUGGCAAAAUCUCUCACGGAUGAUUAUGACUCCCUAGAUACUGAGUCGAAUUUGUGGUUUGCAGGUUCUUAUGGCUACAUUGCUCCAGAGUAUGCUUAUUCCUUAAAGGCCACGGAGAAGAGUGAUGUUUACAGCAUGGGUAUUGUGCUGAUGGAGCUGGUAAGUGGAAGAAUGCCGACGGGUGGGAGCUUCGGUGUAGAUAUAGACAUGGUUAGAUGGGUCGAGUCACGAAUGGAAAUGCAAGGAUCUGAACGUGAGGAGCUAAUUGAUCCUUUGCUGAAACCACUCUUACCCAAUGAAGAAACUGCUGCAUUCCAAGCGUUAGAAAUAGCCUUGCAGUGCACAAAAACUGCACCUGCAGAAAGACCAUCAUCACGGCGCGCUUGUGAUCUCCUCGUACAUGCAUUUAACGAUAGGAUGGUUCAGUCAGAGAAAAUGAGCCCAGAUGAUCGAUGCGCAUAA